CGUAAGGAGCGCAGCUUCCCUUCAGGAAGGGAGGAACUACAAGCAGACGAUUUAAACGUGCGCACAAUCCUCUUGUCUGCAAAUGUUUAAGAGAAACAACAUUAUUCAUUAAAAGGAUUGAUGCAAGUGUUCUGUUACUAAUAAAAAACGCUUAGACGACGAAUAAGUUCACCGUAGAAAUAAGAGAAAUAUAAAAUGGCUAGCAGCUGAAAAUUGAUAUGCUGUGGCCACAAUGUCAAAAAAAGAAGAUUUGAGAGGAAAGAAAGGUUCUCACCAAACUGAACUUUACGCAGAGGUCCCUUCGACAUGCCUGCCUAUUGUCUAUUCCCCAGAGUACAACAUCACCUUCAUGGGUCUGGAAAAGCUGCAUCCCUUUGAUGCUGGCAAAUGGGGCAAGGUCAUUCGCUUCUUGAAAGAGGAACAGUUCAUCACCGAUGAGGUCAUUGUUCUAGCCCGGGAGGCCAGCGAGGCGGAUCUUCUUGUGGUUCACACUGCGCGUUACCUGAACAGACUCAAGUGGUCGCUGGUGGUUGCCACCAUCACAGAAAUCCCACCUCUCCUGUUCCUACCCAACUUCCUGGUACAGCGCAAAGUUCUAAAACCUUUGAGAACACAAACGGGAGGAACCAUUAUGGCUGGAAAGCUGGCAAUGGAUCGAGGAUGGGCAAUAAAUGUGGGAGGAGGCUUCCACCACUGCUCUAGUGACAAAGGAGGAGGUUUCUGUGCCUACGCUGACAUCACACUAGCUAUCAAGUUUCUCUUUGAGAGGGUGGAGGGAGUUGCCAGGGCCACCAUCAUCGAUCUAGAUGCCCAUCAGGUGAGCAGUCCUUUUCCAACUUCACUCUGUCAGUCAAUGGAAUUGACGCUGUAGACGAGAUAAUCAAAGGCAAAAUCAAUAACUCCGCACUCUGAUUACUUAUAUGCAACAG